AUGAGCGAACUCAUAAAACAACUUGGCUAUGCCUUGGUUGUUAUUGUCCUUACAACUAUCUUCUAUCGCUUCAACACCAAGCAGCAACUCUCCUUCCCAAUCGUCAACUCUUACUGUGGAGACCGGGAUCAGAAGAAAGCUCAUCAGCAGUACCAAGCGAAUGCAAAGGAGCUGAUCGCCAAUGGCAUCAAAGAUCAUGGUAGCCCGAUCGUCAUCAAAACACCUCAAGGCACGAAGCUUAUUCUGCCCUCUUCGCUUACUGAGUGGGUCAAGAACAACAAAGAUCUUGACCACGUAGAGCAUGUCAAAGAAGACUACUUCAGCGGGUACCCUGGUUUUGAUGGGCAGACAGCACUCCACCAUCCAAGUCAUAUUUUGACCACCGUUAUCAAGUCCAAACUCUCAAAGAACGAUGGUGCCGUGCCUGUGCUCAAUGCGCAUAUCGUCGAAGCAUUGGGUCAACGAUGGACAGAGUCUGAAGCUUGGCAUGCCAUCGAUUGGCAUCAAGACACUACGAGCAUCGUUUCAACAGCAGCAGCCUCGAUCUUUGUUGGUCCCCGCCUAGCGAAGAAUCAAGAAUGGGUGGAUCUCACUGUCACAUAUGUCUUGGAUUUCUUUACAGCCAUCGGUCAACUACAUCAGUGGCCUGCAUCGUUGAGACCCAUCGCACAACGCUUCAACGCUCUGUCCAACAGGUGUCGGUCUAACAUGAAACGUGCUCGCAUCAUUAUGCAGGAAGAGAAUGUCAAGAGGAAUGCCGACCGCGCCAACAGCCAUGUUGACUACAAUGAUGCUUUCGAAUGGAUCACGAAAGCAGCUGGUGGCCGCCCAGUCGAUAUGGCCGCCCAGCAGCUGGGUCUCGGAGUCGCUGCACUUUUUACGACUUCCGAGGCCUUGAGACAAACCAUUCUAGAGAUUGCCGCACACCCUGAUCUCAUCUCUUCUCUGCGUGAGGAGAUCGAGCAAGCUGUCUUGGAGUCUGGAUGGACCAUGGCCGCCUUGUUCAAGAUGAAACUGCUUGACAGUGUGAUGAAGGAAGGCCAGCGAACUUUACCGCCUAUUGUUUCUCUCGAGCGCAAAGCCCUGCGCGACACAAUCAUGCCCGACGGUGGCAAAGUGCCAAAGGGCACCCACAUUGCAGUGGACUCGUCGUUGAUGUGGGACGAGAACAUCUACAACUCUGCAAAAACCUUCAAGGGGCAUCGCUAUCUUGAACUCCGCGACUCGGGAGCGUCUUCGCAAGUCUUCACGGCAUCGAGCAAGGAACACACAUCCUUUGGUCUAGGCAGAUCGAUUUGUCCCGGUCGCUUCUUCGCCGAUACCGAGUUAAAGUUGUGUCUUGCUCACAUGUUGCUCAACUACGACUUGCGAUUGCAGGAAGGAUAUAAGCCGAAGCCAAUGUAUUCCGGCUUUUAUGGAAUGGUGGAUCCAUUCGCAAAGAUUGAAGUGCGUCGUGUCCACAAAUAG